AUGUAUCCAUGUAUGUAUAUCUAGGUAUAUUGAUGUGAAUGAGAAGAAUGUAUACGGUAUGGCCGGACUUCAUGUUGCCUGUAGAUUCAAUAUCGUCAGUGCUGUCUCAGAUAUGCUCAGGCAUCCUGGAAUAUUAGUAAAUGAGAAAACAAUUCUAGGGAGCACACCGCUGAUGGUAGCGGUAAAAUACGCCAGCAAGCAAGCAGUAGAACAUCUCAUUAGAGACAAGAGAGUAGAUCUGGAUACAGUAGAUAAUAGAAACAGAAGACUGGAAGAAACUAUAGGAGCUGCUCUUCAUUCCCCCUCAGCUUCUGAAACUGCUCAUAUUCACGAAAUUAUACAGGACGAGAGACGGUUUCGGUCCGAGGGAGAAGGAAGAAGGAAUAGUCUUGAAGAAGAAGGAUUAGCUAUUGAUGGAACUCAUAGAACCCGAGUAUUCGGGAAGUUAAAGGAGCUGCUUGAGGAGCUCCGUGAGCUGCACAAGACUGAGUUGGAUAAACUUGAGCUGAGGCAAGAGGAGGAGGGUAGACAGCUCAUCACUAGGAUGGAUGAACAGAUCCAGCAGCUCAUCACACACCAGGAGCAGGAGAGGAUGAUGUUAAUGGAGAGAUUAAUGUUGGAGAAGGAGGAGUAUGGAACAAGACAGGAGGAGGAAAUGUGUCGGCUACUCAAGAAGCAGGAGGAGGAAUCACAGUUUCUUGCAAGAACCAGACCUGAUGCAGAUCUUUGUUCAUCAGGGAGUCCCAGACCACAGAGUACAAGAAGACCGAGUUUACAGGGGAUGAGUGACAAAAUGUCUCAGGGAGGAGGGGGUAGUGUAUGUAGUGGUUCCCCCUGGGAAUUCAGUACAACGGAUGAAGGAUACCUCACAAGUAAGGAAACUGAACUGCCUGAAAUGAUCCAUAGUGCUUGGAAGGAGCUUGAGUGCCCUAUUUGCAUGGAGGUAAUGGCUCCCCCAAGUAGGAUUUGGCAGUGUAAAAUGGGUCACGUGAUCUGUGAAUCUUGCAAGGACAGGGUGUCUUUGGAAAAUGGAGCCCAGCCUCCCUGUCCCACCUGUAAAACUGCUCCAUUUAUCGGACGAAAUUUAGCGCUGGAGCGUGUAGCGCGUUCUCUUUUCACAUCCAAGCAAUAGAUAUGAUAAAUAUGAUCUUUAUCCAGAACUUAAGCUGAACUUAAGCUGAAUUAAAGUUUAACUUGAGCUGAAGUUAAUCUGAAAUCAAGCUGAACUAAAGUUUAACUAAAGUCGAACUAAAGCUGAACUGAAGUUGAAUUAAAUAUCAACUGAAGCUGAACUUUAGCUGAACUUAGUUCAAAUUAAAGUUUAACUAAAGCUGAACUAAAGUUGAAUUAAAGUUGAACUUAUGCUGAACUAAAGUUGAACUAAAGUCGAACUUAGGCCGAAUUAAAGUCUAACUUAAGUCGAACUAAAGUCUGACUAAAGUUGAACUAAAGUUGAACUGUAUAGUCGAACUAGUUUUCUCUCUAUGUAAUGCAGGGUUUACCACAACGGAUAAGGCUUCAUGAGACGAUUGUUCGGAAUUUAUUUGCUCACCUAUCAUAUUAUUGUUUAAUUGCAAUUUUAAACAUGUUUCUUUCUUUUUCAAAUCAUUUACAAUGCUUAAAAAAAUGUUUUAGAAAAAAGAUACUUUUGAAAACUGUAUUUUAGGUAAAAGACUAAAUUCAACCUUGGGGUCGUCGUCUUUUUUUCCAUUUGUUUAUCAGUUUUGAAUGUUAAAAAUUUAUAAUUGUACCUAUAACUUAUGCUGUCUGCGGGUAGAACAAAUUUAAUUUAUGAUUAAAGAAUACUUCUAAACAUUUUAUUUUCUGCAUGGAAUAUAAGGACCUCAUUAAUUUGUGUACUAUACUCCGCAACCUCAAAAUUCUCAACAAGUAACAUGGCGAGAAUUUUUAAAAAAAAUAUGUGCACAGAUUACACAUACAGGACAAAAGAGGAAAUUCGUGUUUUACUUGUCUGACUUAAUUUUUAGAGAAUACGACUUUUCUCUCGUCAUCCCUUGUGUCAAUUCUGUCAAUGAAUUCAUAUACAAGAUUAUCCCUAAAGGAUGAGACUUGAAAGACGACCUGAAACUCUUUAAAUCUGACGAUACAGGGGUUAAAUUAAGUGUUCUGCUUUUUCAAUAUAGAAUUUUUAUGGUCAUUUUAAUGAUUUAUGAACGAAAGAAACAGUUUACAAUUGCAGAUAGGCAUAAAUGUAAGGAAACAGACAGUAUAAAUUCUGUAUAUCGUUUCUGAAGUCCUCGCCUGUAAGAACGGGAUUGGCACAUAUAUUAUGUCACCUGUUCGUGUAAUCUGUGUUGGUGAUAUAUACGCAAUACAAUGCAAAAUUCUUUCACUUGUUUCUUCUUCCACGAAAAGUAGAUAAAUAUUUAGGUAUA